GGAAGCCGAAUAGUGCUGGGACAGCCUGCUCGGGCUUUGCGGGAGGCGGGUUGAGCGGGCUUCUAGGCUGCGGACAUCACCGCUUACACAGAUUCCACUUCGGCAGAGUCCAACGUCGUUUUAAUCAGCGAGCAAUUUGUAGAGGCUUAAACUGCAGUCUCCUGAGUAACAGCUUGGGCUUUGGAAUCACUCUCCAGUUCAAAAUUCUGACUGUCGGCUGACUGUGUACUAUCUAGCCUGUGGUAAUUCUAUCCUGUGAUAUGUUUUCUGAAAUUCUGAAUCAUGAGUCUAGCACUUAAUGAUCUGCUUAUUUGCUGCCGUCAACUAGAACUUGAUAGAGCUACAGAGCGAAAGAGAGAGAUUGAGAAAUUUAGGCGCCUGAUUCAGGAUCCUGAAACUGUUCGACAUUUAGAUCAGCAUUCAGAUUCCAAACAAGGGAAAUAUUUGAAUUGGGAUGCUGUUUUUAGGUUUUUACAGAAAUAUAUUCAGAAAGAAACAGAAUGUCUGAGAACAGCAAGACAAAAUGUAUCAGCCUCAACACAAGCCACCAGGCAGAAAAAGAUGCAAGAAAUCAGUAGCUUGGUCAAAUUCUUCAUCAAAUGUGCAAAUAAAAGAGCACCCAAGCUGAAAUGUCAGGAACUGUUGAAUUAUAUCAUGGAUACAGUGAAAGAUUCAUCCCAUGGUGCUAUUUAUGGAUCUGAUUGUAGCAAUAUAUUGCUGAAGGACAUUCUUUCGGUGAGGAAAUACUGGUGUGAAAUAUCUCAGCAACAGUGGCUUGAAUUGUUCUCUGUGUAUUGCAGUCUAUAUCUUAAACCUUCACAAGACAUUAAUAGAGUUUUGGUGGCAAGAAUAAUUCAAGUUGUGACCAAAGGAUGCUGUUCACAGACUGAUGGAUUACAUCCCAAAUUUUUGGAUUUUUUUUCUAAGGCUAUUCAGCAGGCACGACAAGAAAAGAGCCCUGCAGGUCUAAAUCAUAUCUUAGCAGCAUUUAUUAUCUUCCUCAAAACUUUGUCUGUUAACUUUCGAAUUCGAGUGUGUGAAUUAGGAGAUGAAAUUCUUCCUACCUUACUUUAUAUUUGGACUCAACAGAGACUUAAUAAUUCCUUAAAAGAAGUAAUUAUUGAAUUAUUUCAGCUACAAAUUUAUAUUCAUCAUCCAAAGGGAGCCAAAACUCAAGAUAAAGGUGCUUACGAAUCAAGAAAGUGGAGAAGUAUUUUAUACAACCUAUAUGAUUUGCUAGUUAAUGAAAUAAAUCAUAUAGGAAGCAGAGGGAAAUAUACUUCAGGAUCUCGUAAUAUUGCUGUUAAGGAAAACUUGAUUGAAUUGAUGGCAGAUAUUUGUCACCAGGUUUUUAAUGAAGAUUCCAGAUCCUUGGAGAUUUCUCAGUCUUGCACAACCACACAAAGAGAACUUACUGAUCACAGUGUACCUUGCAAAAAGAGGAAAAUAGAAUUAGGCUGGGAAGUAAUAAAAGAUCACCUUCAGAAGUCACAGAAUGAUUUUGAUAUUGUACCUUGGUUACAAAUCACAACUCAAUUAAUAUCAAAAUAUCCUGCAAGUUUACCUAACUGUGAGUUGUCACCAUUACUAAUGAUACUAUACCAGCUUCUACCUCAACAACGACGUGGGGAGCGCACACCAUAUGUGUUACGAUGUCUUAUGGAAGUUGCAUUGUGUCAAGGCAAGAGGUCAAACCUAGAAAGCUCACAAAAGUCAGAUUUAUUGAAAAUCUGGAUUAAAAUUUGGUCUAUUACUUUUCGUGGUAUAAGUUCUGAACAAAUACAAACUGAAAACUUUGGCUUACUUGGAGCCAUAAUUCAAGGCAGUUUAGUUGAGGUUGACAGAGAAUUCUGGAAGUUAUUUACUGGGUCAGCCUGUAGACCUUCAUGUCCUGCAGUAUGCUGUUUGACUUUGGCACUGACAAUCUGUGUAGUUCCAGAAACAGUAAAAAUAGGAAUUGAGAAAAAUAUAUGUGAUGUAAGCAGAAAUUCUUUAAAAGAAUUGAUAAUGAAAUGGCUCUUAUUCUGUCAGUUAGAGGAUGACUUUGAAGACAGUACAGAGCUACCUCCAGUUCUUUGCAGUAAUUUUCCUCAUCUUACCCUGGAGAAAAUUCUCGUGAGUCUCACUAUGAAAAACUGUAAAGCAGCAAUGAAUUUUUUCCAAAGUGUGCCAGAAUGUGAGCAACACCAAAAAGAUACAGAAGAACCUUCAUUCUCAGAAGCUGAAGAUCUGUUUCUUCAGACAACUUUUGACAAGAUGGAUUUUUUAACCAUUGUGAAAGAACAUACGCUAGAAAAGCACCAAUCCAGUGUAGGCUUUUCUGUCCACCAAAACCUCAAGGAGUCACUGGAUCGCUAUCUUUUAAGACUGUCAGAACAGCUUCUAAAUAACUACUCAUCUGAGACUUCAAAUUCAGAGAUAUUUGUCCGGUGUUCAAGUCUUUUGGUGGGUGUUCUUGGCUGCUAUUGUUACCUGGGUGUCAUAGCUGAAGAGGAAGCAUACAAAUCAGAAUUAUUCCAGAAAGCCAAGUCUCUAAUGCAGUGUGCCGGAGAAAGUAUCACUUUGUUUAAAAAUAAGACAAGUGAAGAAUCUAGAAUUCUUUCAUUGAGAAAUAUGAUACAUCUAUGUACAAGUUGCUUACAUAACUGUUCCAAGCACAGUCCAAAUAAGAUUGCAUCUGGCUUCUUCUUACGAUUAUUAACAUCAAAGCUAAUGAAUGACAUUGCAGAUAUUUGUAAAAGUUUAGCAUUCAUGAUCAAAAAGCCUUUUGACUGUAGAGAAGUAGAACCAAUGGAAGAAGAUACUGAUGAAAAUCUAAUGAGGAUGGAGGAUCAGUCUUCCAUGAGUCUAUUUAAUGAUUACCCUGCUGGCAGUGUUACUGAUGCAAAUGAAUCUGGAAAGAGCCAAAUUACUAUUGGUGCCAUGAAUCCUUUAGCUGAAGAACAUCUAUCAAAGCAAGAUCUACUUUCUUUAGACAUGCUCAAGUUCUUGUGUAUGUGUGUAACCACUGCUCAGACUAACACUGUAUCAUUUAGGGCAGCUGAUAUUCGGAGGGAAUUAUUAAUGUUAAUUGAUUCUAGCAUGCUAGACCCUACCAGAUCUCUUCAUUUACACAUGUAUCUAGUGCUUUUAAAGGCACUUCCUGGAGAAGAAUAUCCCUUGCCAAUGGAAGAUGUUGCAAAACUUCUAAAACCACUACCCAAUGUGUGUUCAUCUUAUCACCGUGACCAAGAUGUUUGUAAAACCGUCUUAAACCACGUCCUUCGCGUAGUGAUGAACCUGUGUCACAGAAAUAUGGAUGAUGAGAACACAAGGGAUGCUCAAGGACAGUUUCUAACAGUGAUUGGAGCAUUUUGGCACUUAACAAAGGAGGGAAAAAGUACAUUCUCUGUAAGAAUGGCACUAGUAAAAUGCCUUAAAACUUUGCUUGAGGCUGAUCCUUAUUCAGAAUGGUCUAUUCUGAAUGUAAAGGGAAAAGAUCUUCCUGUAAAUGAAGUAUUUCCACAGUUUCUUGCUGAUAAUCAUCACCAAGUUCGCAUGUUGGCUGCAGAGUCAAUAAACAGAUUGUUUCAGCAUAUAAAACGAGGUUCUUCCACAUUGAAAGCACUUCCUUUGAAGCUUCAGCAAACAGCUUUUGAAAAUGCAUACUUGAAAGCUCAGGAAGGAAUGAGAGCAUUGUCCCACAGAACUGAAAACUCUGAAAUUUUGGAUGAACUUUGUAAUAGAAAAGCCACUUUACUGAUGAUGAUAGCUGUAGUGUUAUACUGUAGCCCUGUCUGUGAAAAGCAGGCUUUAUUUGCCCUAUGCAAGUCUGUGAAAGAGAAUGGACUAGAGCCUCACCUUGUUAAAAAGGUUUUAAAGAAAGUUUCUGAAACUUUUGGAUAUAGAUGUUUAGAAGAUUUCAUGGCUUCUCAUUUGGAUUAUCUGGUAUUGGAAUGGCUAAAUCUUCAAGAUCCUGAAUACAGUGUAUCUUCUUUUCCUUUUAUUUUAUUAAAUUAUACAAACAUUGAAGAUUUCUAUAGGUCUUGUUAUAAAAUUUUGAUUCCACCUCUAGUGAUUAGAAGUCAUUUUGAUGAAGUAAAGUUAAUUGCUAAUCAGAUUCAAGAGGAUUGGAAAAGUCUCCUGACAGACUGCUUUCCAAAGAUUCUUGUAAAUAUUCUUCCAUACUUUGCUUAUGAGGGUACAGGAGACAGUGGGAUGGCCCAGCAAAGAGAGACUGCUACCAAAGUCUAUGAUAUGCUUAAAGAUGAAAACAUAUUAGGAAAACAGAUUGAUCAUUUAUUCAUUAGUAAUUUACCAGAGAUUGUAGUGGAGUUAUUGAUGACGUUACAUGAACCAGCAACUUCUGGUGCCAGCCAAAGCACUGACCCCUGUGACUUCUCAGGGGAUUUGGAUCCUGCUCCUAAUCCACCUCAUUUUCCAUCACAUGUGAUUAAAGCGACAUUUGCCUAUAUCAGCAAUUGCCAUAAAACCAAGCUUAAAAGCAUUUUAGAAAUUCUUUCCAAAAGCCCUGAUUCCUAUCAGAAAAUUCUUCUAGCCAUAUGUGAGCAAGCAGCUGAGACAAAUAAUGUUUAUAAAAGGCACAGAAUUAUUAAAAUAUAUCACCUGUUUGUUAGUUUAUUAAUGAAUGAUAUAAAGAGUGGCUUAGGAGGAGCUUGGGCCUUUGUUCUUCGAGAUGUUAUUUAUACUUUGAUUCACUAUAUCAACCAAAGGCCUUCUCGUUUCAUGGAUGUGUCAUUACGUAGCUUCUCCCUUUGUUGUGACCUGUUAAGCCGGGUUUGCCACACAGCGGUAACUUACUGUAAGGAUGCUUUAGAAAGUCAUCUUCAUGUUAUUGUUGGUACACUUAUACCCCUUGUGGAUGAUCAAAUGGAAGUUCAGGAGCAGGUAUUGGACUUGUUGAAAUUCUUAGUGAUUGAUAACAAGGAUAAUGAAAAUCUGUAUAUCACAAUUAAACUUUUAGAUCCUUUUCCUGACCACGUUGUCUUUAAGGAUUUGCGUAUUACUCAGCAGAAAAUCAAAUACAGUAAAGGACCCUUUUCACUUUUGGAGGAAAUUAACCAUUUUCUCUCAGUAAGUGCUUAUGACGCACUUCCAUUGACAAGGCUUGAAGGAUUGAAGGAUCUUCGAAGACAACUAGAGCAACAUAAAGAUCAGAUGAUGGAUCUUAUGAGAGCAUCUCAGGAUAACCCUCAGGAUGGCAUAAUGGUGAAGCUAGUUGUCAGCUUGUUGCAGUUAUCCAAGAUGGCAGUAAACCACACUGGUGAAAGAGAAGUUUUAGAGGCUGUUGGAAGCUGCUUGGGAGAAGUUGGUCCUAUAGAUUUCUCUACAAUAGCUAUACAACAUAGUAAAGAUACAUCUUAUACCAAGGCUCUUGAAUUAUUUGAAGAUAAAGAACUUCAGUGGACCUUCAUAGUGCUGACUUACCUGAAUAAUACUCUGGUAGAAGAUUGUGUCAAAGUGCGAGCAGCAGCUGUUACCUGUUUGAAAAGCAUUUUAACCACAAAAACUGGACAUAGUUUCUGGGAGAUUUAUAAGUCAACAGCUGAUCCCAUGCUGAUCUAUCUACAGCCUUUUAGAACAUCAAGAAAAAAGUUUUUAGAAGUACCAAGACUUGACAAAGAAAGUCCUUUAGAAGGCUUGGAUGAUACAAGCCUGUGGAUUCCUCAAAGUGAAAAUCAUGACAUUUGGUUAAAGACACUGACUUGUGCUUUUUUGAAUAGUGGUGGCACAAAAAGUGAAGUUCUUCAGUUAUUAAAGCCAAUGUGUGAGGUGAAAACUGACUUUUGUCAGACUGUGCUUCCAUACUUGAUUCAUGAUAUUUUACUGCAAGAUACAGAUGAAUCAUGGAGAAAUCUCCUUUCUACACACAUUCAGGGAUUUUUCACUAGCUGUUUCAAACACUCUUCACAAACAAGCCGAUCCACAACCCCUGCAACUUUGGAUUCAGAGUCAGAAAACUUAUUCCGAUGCCAUGUGGAUAAAAAAUCACAAAGAACAAUGCUUGCCGUUGUGGACUACAUGAGGAGACAAAAGAGACCCUCUUCAGGAACAGUUUUUGAUGAUGCUUUCUGGCUGGAGUUGAAUUACCUAGAGGUUGCCAAAGUAGCUCAGUCUUGUGCCGCUCAUUUUACAGCAUUGCUCUAUGCAGAAAUCUAUGCAGAUAAGAAGAACAUGGAUGAUCAAGAGAAAAGAAAUCUUACAUUUGAAGAAGAGAGCCAAAGUACAACUAUUUCCAGUUUGAGUGAAAAAAGUAAGGAAGAAACUGGGAUAAGUUUACAGGAUCUACUUUUAGAAAUCUACAGAAGUAUAGGAGAGCCAGAUAGUCUUUAUGGCUGUGGUGGAGGGAAAAUGUUACAACCCCUUACUAGACUACGAACAUAUGAACAUGAAGCAAUGUGGGGGAAAGCCCUAGCAACAUAUGACCUCGAGACAGCAAUCUCCUCAUCAACUCGUCAGGCAGGAAUAAUUCAGGCCUUGCAGAAUUUGGGACUCUGCCAUAUUCUUUCCAUCUAUUUAAGAGGAUUAGAUCAUGAAAAUAAAGAGUGGUGUGCUGAACUACAGGAACUUCAUUACCAAGUAGCAUGGAGAAAUAUGCAGUGGGACCACUGCAUUUCUGUCAACAAAGGAGUGGAAAGAACCAGUUACCAUGAGUUGUUGUAUAAUGCUCUGCAGUCUCUAAGAGACAGAGAAUUCUCCACUUUUUAUGAAAGUCUCAAACAUGCCAGAGUUAAAGAAGUGGAAGAGUUGUGUAAGGGCAGUCUUGAGUCUGUGUAUUCCCUCUACCCUACACUUAGCAGACUGCAGGCCAUUGGAGAGCUUGAAAACAUUGGAGAACUUUUCUCAAGAUCAGUAGCAGAUAGGCAGCCCUCUGAAGUGUACAUGAAGUGGUGGAAACAUUCCCAGCUUCUCAAAGACAGUGAUUUUAGUUUUCAGGAGCCUAUAAUGGCUCUACGCACAGUCAUUUUGGAGAUCUUGAUGGAAAAAGAAAUGGAAAACUCCCAAAGAGAGUGUUUUAAGGACAUUCUCACCAAGCAUCUUGUAGAACUCUCUGUAUUAGCCCGAACUUUCAAGAACACUCAGCUCCCUGAAAGGGCAAUAUUUCAAAUUAAACAGUAUAAUUCAGCUAGUAGUGGAGUCUCUGAGUGGCAACUGGAGGAAGCACAAGUAUUCUGGGCAAAAAAGGAACAGAGUCUUGCCCUGAGUAUUCUCAAGCAAAUGAUCAAGAAGCUGGAUGCCAGUUGUACAGAGAAUGAUCCCAACUUAAAACUUAUAUACACAGAAUGUCUAAGGGUUUGUGGCACCUGGUUAGCAGAAACUUGCUUAGAAAAUCCUGCAGUCAUCAUGCAGACCUAUCUAGAAAAGGCUGUGCAAGUUGCUGGAAAUUAUGAUGGAGAAAGCAAUGAUGGGCUCAGAAAUGGAAAAAUGAAGGCAUUUCUCUCAUUAGCACGGUUCUCAGAUACUCAGUACCAAAGAAUUGAAAACUACAUGAAAUCAUCAGAAUUUGAAAACAAGCAAGCUCUCCUGAAAAGAGCCAAAGAGGAAGUUGGCCUACUUAGGGAACAUAAAAUCCAGACCAACAGGUACACAGUAAAGGUUCAGCGAGAGCUGGAGUUGGAUGAAUGUGCACUCCGUGCAUUGAAAGAGGAUCGUAAACGUUUCUUAUGUAAAGCAGUUGAAAAUUACAUCAAUUGCUUAUUAAGUGGUGAAGGGCAUGAUAUGUGGAUAUUUCGUCUUUGUUCUCUCUGGCUUGAAAAUUCUGGAGUUUCUGAAGUCAAUGGCAUGAUGAAGAGAGAUGGAAUGAAGAUUCCAUCAUACAAAUUUUUGCCUCUUAUGUACCAAUUGGCUGCUAGAAUGGGGACCAAGAUGAUGGGAGGCCUAGGAUUUCAUGAAGUCCUCAAUAAUCUCAUCUCUAGAAUUUCAAUGGAUCAUCCUCAUCACACUUUGUUUAUUAUAUUGGCCUUAGCAAAUGCAAACAAAGAUGAAUUUUUGACCAAACCAGAGGCAGCCAGAAGGAGUAGAAUAACUAAAAAUGCACCUAAGCAAAGCUCUCAGCUUGAUGAGGAUCGAACCGAGGCUGCUAACAAAAUAAUACGUACUAUCCGAAGUAGGAGACCUCAGAUGGUCAGAAGUGUUGAGGCACUUUGUGAUGCUUAUAUUAUACUAGCAAAUUUAGAUGUCACUCAGUGGAGGACUCAGAGAAAAGGCAUAAAUAUUCCAGCAGACCAGCCUAUUAUCAAACUUAAAAAUUUAGAAGAUGUUGUUGUCCCUACUAUGGAAAUUAAGGUGGACCCCACAGGAGAAUAUGGGAAUCUGGUGACUAUAAAGUCAUUUAAAGCAGAAUUUCGUUUAGCAGGAGGUUUAAAUUUACCAAAAAUAAUAGAUUGUUUGGGCUCUGAUGGAAAGGAAAGGAGACAACUUGUCAAGGGCCGUGAUGACCUGAGACAAGAUGCUGUCAUGCAGCAGGUUUUCCAGAUGUGUAAUACAUUACUGCAGAGAAAUACUGAAACCAGGAAGAGGAAAUUGACUAUUUGCACUUAUAAGGUGGUUCCCCUUUCUCAGCGAAGCGGUGUUCUUGAAUGGUGCACAGGAACUGUCCCUAUUGGUGAAUUUCUUGUUAACAAUGAGAAUGGUGCUCAUAAAAGAUACAGGCCAAAGGAUUUCAGUGCCAGUCACUGCCAAAAGAAAAUGAUGGAUGUGCAGAAAAAGUCUUUUGAAGAGAAAUAUGAAGCUUUCGUGGAGAUUUGCCAAAAUUUUCAACCAGUUUUCCGUUACUUCUGCAUGGAAAAAUUCUUGGAUCCAGCAGUGUGGUUUGAGAAACGAUUGGCUUAUACUCGGAGUGUGGCUACUUCUUCUAUUGUUGGUUACAUACUUGGACUUGGUGAUAGACAUGUACAGAAUAUCUUGAUAAAUGAGCAGUCAGCAGAACUUGUACAUAUAGAUUUAGGAGUUGCUUUUGAACAGGGCAAAAUCCUUCCUACUCCUGAAACAGUUCCUUUUAGACUUACCAGAGAUAUUGUGGAUGGGAUGGGCAUUACUGGUGUUGAAGGUGUUUUCAGAAGAUGCUGUGAGAAAACCAUGGAGGUAAUGAGAAAUUCUAAGGAGACGCUGUUAACCAUUGUAGAGGUCCUCCUCUACGAUCCUCUCUUUGACUGGACCAUGAAUCCUUUAAAAGCUUUAUAUUUACAACAGAGGCCAGACGAUGAAAGUGAGCUCCACUCCACUCCAAAUGCAGAUGACCAGGAAUGCAAACGAAAUCUCAGUGAUAUUGACCAGAGUUUCAAUAAAGUAGCUGAACGUGUCUUGAUGAGACUGCAAGAGAAACUGAAAGGAGUAGAGGAGGGAACCGUGCUCAGCGUUGGUGGACAGGUGAAUUUGCUCAUACAGCAGGCCAUGGACCCGAAAAAUCUCAGCCGACUUUUCCCAGGAUGGAAAGCUUGGGUGUGAUAUUAAGCAUGUGACUGCCUUGGAUUCAGCCUUUAUAAAUUGUAUUUUGGCCUUCAUUGUUAACCCACCCACAUACUUUGAAUAAGUAUUAAUAUUGAACUAAGUGAAUUACUGUUGUUUUUUAAAAAAUGUUUAACACUUGCUUCAAUUCCCUAAAGUCUCAAGCAACAGUUUUCUCACACUUUAGACAUAACUGUCAAUCAUGCUGUAAUUCUAGGCUAAAUAUUUGUUUUUUCUUCUCAAGUACAUACUUGUAUCACUUUCAGUAGAAUCAGUGAAUCAGUAAAAUCACUCUCAUAGUCAGAAGAAAUAAAUACACUGCUAACUUUGAUGUAGCUUUUAAUUAAAACUUGUUUCCCAGAUAUUAUAUAUGAAUGAUAAAGUAGUUAAUAUUAGUCUAUAAAAGGAGGGAAAAACUUUAAAAUUGUAAACAUCUAUAUACUAUGGUAAGUAAAUAUGUUGGAUUUUCAAUAGUAAGGUCACUCAGUGCUGCUCAAUAAUGAAGGUGUUAUGAUAUGGAGAAUAAAUUUCACAGAUACAGUAUGGUUCCUUUUUUUUUUAGAAAUGUUUAUUAGACUUUCUUAUUCUAUUCUCUUUAUCUUUUAAGCCCUCUGUGUUUCUCGUACUUUAUCUUUCUAUAAUGCCUUCAUAUCUGUCUUCUAGUUCAUGAAUUCUCUUGUCGCUAUAUAAUCUCCUUUCUAAAUUAUUCAUUGGAUUUCUCCUUUUAAAAGUUGCUAUUCAUUUCUAGGUAUGUACCUUCAGAUUUGCCUAUUAUUUGUUUCAUGAUGUCCAGUUUUUUGGUUUUGUUUUUUUAACUUUAGGUUCUGUUUGUAUUUAUUGGGUCUUUGGUGGACUUUUUAUCCAUGUAUUCUGUGAUUUUAUAAGGUGAGCUUAUUUUCAGUAGGACCUCGUGGGAAUCUUGAGUGACCUGGGUUAAGAAUAAUUCCUUCCAGAAAAGUUUCAGGUCUGGUUAUGUCAUAGUUCCAGGGCUGUCCGUGACAGAGGACUACUCUUUAAUUUCUUGGCUUCAGGGUUUCCUGACCUGAUGAGAACCAUGCAGUUACUGAGAGAAGACUAGCAGGCCAAAACAGACAUUUUUCCUCAUUGCCUCCCUGUGCUAGGGGGCUGGUGUGAACCUGUGGUCUCCCAGCUGUACUGUGGACACAAGGGGAGGUACAUCUGUUAUAUGCCCACUGCCCUUUCAAAGUCCUCUCACAGAUGUUACAGCUGAAAUUCAUAGAUGAGCGAAAUUGGCAAGUUUCCUCUGGUUUUUAGUUUCCUUCUGAAACUGAAAAUUUUUGACCAUAAGAAUUUCCUCUUUUUUAUAACUUCUGCUAUGCAUUUAAAAAGCACUUCUUGUAUCUCAGCUAGCAUUUCUGUGUGUUUUGUUGGAGGGGAGGGGUUUAGGUAUCAAGUUUGAUAUAUGGUUAGAAACGGAACCUUUCUGUCCGCAUACUGUCUUAGACAAACAAGUAAAACUACUGACAUGUCUGUUGGUGAAUAUAGUCCUUCAUCCUUAGGAAACUGUGUCUGCAGAGAUUAAGAAAUGGGUGGUUGAACUUUCUUUUUAUGUGUAGCUUAGGUGGUUAUGUAAGCAGUUUUUUCUAAUGACAGGUUGGUAUUUGUUUCUGUUGCCAGUGUCAGGUUCUCACUCAUCUGAUCUCUCCACCUUCUCUUCUCUCCAAAAGCAAUCUCCAGAACUUUAUGUACUAUAAAUUUCUUAGUUUGGUUUCUGGAAAAAUGUUUUUAAAUUUUCUAUUUUACAUUUCAAAUUAUAAGCUUAUUGUGAUAUAUAUUUUUUCUUAUAAAUCUCCUAAAUGAAUAUUUAAUACAUAUUGGUAGUUUUAUUACCAUAGUGAAUCAAGGGAAUACAGUAAACUUAGAAUGUCUUUAAGAAAGCCUUGAAAAGUAAAAAGAUUUUUAAAAAUUAGAAAAAAAAAACCACCUUGAAAUAUUGAUGGGUGGAAUAAGAAAUGAUCAGCUAGAUGAUAGUAUAAGUAAGUGAAUUCAUCACUGAUUCUUACUAAUUGAUGUAUCCAGAUAGUUUUGAGUAACAUUAUUAAUCUACUCUUCAACCUUGAAUGAUAUGCUGUAAAACUCCUGUCUUAAUGAGGCUAUGAAAAGCUUGCCAGAUAACAACCAGAGGGAAUAGCUAAUUCACAGGUGAUGGAAUUAAGAUUCUAAAGAUUAUCACAUCUGGAACACUAUUUGGAAAUGAAUAAGAUAGAAAUUUACUGGGAAUAAAUAAGGAGUGGUUAAAUUUCUUAAAUAUUUAUGAUAGAAUAUUUAUUGUAUGCUGAGUACCUGACAUACCUUAUAUGCAGCAUCUUUGGCAAGAUUAGUGAUAUUAUCUCAGCUUACAGCUGGGGAAAUAAAGUAGCUUGUCCAAGACCCAAAUAUCAGAAACUGAAGAAGGUACAAGUUUAAUAUGGACAGUCUUUAACGUGGAAAUCUUUCAAGUGAAAAGAAUUUAGGCUUCACCAGUCACUUGCUCAUAAGGUCACUGGAAACCAAGGAGAGAAGCUACUAGGAAAGCAAAUAAAUGAUAGACUUGACAGUUGUGUUCAGAUUAAGGGAGAUAAUAUCCCUUCCACUAUUCUCUGUGUUGAUCAUACCACCACAAAGUAUCUUCCUUAUUAGUAGGUAAAAUAAAUCCAUGGUCAUUAUAGUAUAUACUUAAAUAUAUACACUUAGAAAUGGCUAAAAAUUUAAAUAUGGCCUAAAGCAAAUAAACACAAAGAGGAAAAUUUUUUGGUCUUUUUAACGAUUAAAGUAGGCUAGUCUUUAAAUACCUAGAAGCUAGUAUACUGGCUUGAAAUAUGGACAUAUGUGCCACAUUAAGUAUUUUAAUUGCAUCUUGAUGAAAUUAUAUAUUUUAUAUAGAUUUAUUUCAGUACUGUUGAAUGUAUAUCUUUAUUAUUCUGUUCUGUUCAGUUCAGUUCAGUCAUUCAAUCAUGUCAAACUCUUUGCAACCCCAUGGACUGCUGGGCACCAGACUUCCCUGUCCAUCACCAACUCCCGGAGCUUACUCACAUGCCCAUUGAGUCGGUGAUGCCAUCCAACCAUCUCAUCCUCUGUCAUCCCCUCCUCCUCCUGCCUUCAAUCAUUCCCAGCAUCAGGGUCUUUUCCAAUGAGUCAGUUCUUCACAUCAGAUGGCCAAAGUAUUGGAAUUUCAGCUUUAGCAUCAGUCCUUCCAAUGAAUAUUCAGGACUAAUUUCCUUUAGGGUGGACUGGUUGGAUCUUCUUGCUGUCCAAGGAACUCUCAAGAGUCUUCUCCAACACUGCAGUUCAAAAGCAUCAAUUCUUCAGUGCUCAACUCUCUUUAUAGUCCAACUCUCACAUACAUACAUGACUGCUGGGAAAAACCAAAGCUUUGACUAGAUGAAACUUUGUUGGCAAAGUAAUGUCUCUGCUUUUUAAUAUGCUGUCUAGGUUGGUCAUAACUUUUAUUCCAAGGAGCAAGCAUCUUUUAAUUUCAUGGCUGCAGUUAUUCUGUUACUUUUUUUAAAAUAAAUCUUCAAAAAAGGAUAUGCUGACUCAUUCAUUGUAUUCAAAUAUUUUGAGUGUUUUGUGUGCCAAGCAUGGUGCUGUUUCAUAGGGGGACAACAGUUAGCUGCUGCUGCUUUCUGUUACUUUUUUUAAAAUAAAUCUUCAAAAAAGGA